CAGUCGAAUUGGAAGAAAUAAUGAAUAUAAACCUAUUAAAUACGAAGUACCUAAUGAUCUUGAUGAAAAUUUGAAAAAAUUUGUUGAAAAUAAUUCAAUUAAGUGGAUAUCUUAUAAUGAUUUAAUUGCCACAGUGUAUUUCGCCGAGUUGACCUUUUAUCUGCUAGUCAUUUACAAAAAUCAAUUGUAG